AUGCUGCGGGCGGGCGGCCGGGCUGUGCUGCGGGUCGGGCCCUGGGGCCGGGAGCCCGGGGCGGGCGGGCGGCGGCGCUGCUGCAGCUCUGGGCCGGACGGCCUGAAGCAGACGCCCCUCCAUGCUUUCCACCGGCAGCAGGGUGGCAGGAUGGUGAACUUCGCUGGCUGGAGCAUGCCUGUGCACUACGCGCUGAGCCACCUGGAGUCCCACCUGCACACGCGCCAGCACUGCUCCCUCUUUGAUGUCUCCCACAUGCUGCAGACCAAGGUGUUUGGCCGGGACCGGGUGAAGUUCAUGGAGAGCCUUGUGGUUGGGGACAUCGCGGAGCUGAAGCCAGACCAGGGCACCCUGUCUCUCUUCACUAAUGAGGAGGGAGGCAUCCUCGACGACCUGAUUGUGACCAGCACGUCGGAGCAGCACCUCUACGUGGUGUCCAACGCAGGCUGCAGGGAGAAGGACUGGGCCCUGAUGCAGGGCCGAGCAGAGGAGCUGCGGGCUGCAGGCGGCGACGUGCACCUGGAGGUCUCUGAGAACGCGCUGCUAGCUCUGCAAGGUCCCUCGGCGGUGCAGGUGCUGCAGACAGGCGUGUCGGACGACCUGGCCAAGCUGCUCUUCAUGAGUAGUGCGGUGAUGGGCGUGUUUGGGGUGCCAGGCUGUAGGGUGACGCGCUGCGGCUACACCGGAGAGGAUGGUGUGGAGAUCUCGGUGCCCGUGGGGCGCGCGGUGGAGCUGGUGGAGCUGCUGCUCAGGGACCCACAAGUGCAGUUGGCAGGGCUGGCGGCCAGGGACAGCCUGCGCCUGGAGGCGGGGCUCUGUCUCUAUGGCAACGACAUUGAUGAGACGACCACGCCUGUGGAGGCAGCUCUGGUGUGGACACUGGGGAAGCGGCGCCGGCUGGCCAUGGAUUUCCCCGGUGCCCCAGUCAUUGUGCCCCAGAUCAAAGGGAAGGUUAAGCGCAAGCGCGUGGGGCUGAUUUCCACAGGCCCCCCCAUCCGGCCACACAUGCCCAUCCUGAGCCCGGAGGGCAGGCCCAUCGGCGAAGUAACCAGUGGCUGCCCCUCUCCCUGCCUGAAGAAGAAUGUGGCCAUGGGCUAUGUGGAGGGCGAGCAGAGCCAGGUGGGCACGGUGCUGGCAGUGGAGGUGCGGAAGAAGAGCUGCCCUGCCCUGGUCACCAGGAUGCCCUUUGUGCCCACCCGCUACCACACGCUCAAGUGA